AUGAAUUUUCUUGUAUUCGUUCCUUGGCUUUUUUUUUUCUCUUCUGGUCUUCCUUGGGUAACAAUACGGGUGUCUCUGGGUCUUCCGGGUUUGGGUUUCUAUCUGGUGGGAGUGUCGGUCAUGCAGUGCUACAUGAAGCUGUACUUUUGGUUUUUCUUGGGAUUGCCUGUCAGCUUGUUUGGGAGCUGA